AUGGGGAUGAAGAAACGGUCACGUGCUAUCGAUCGACAGCUCGAAGCAGAAUCAACGGAGUCAAGUUACGAACAUAGAGUCCUCCUUCUCGGUAGUGAGAGCAGUGGUAAAGACGAGAUAUUGAGAGAGAUGAGGAUUCUUCAUCAAAAUGAAUACACUAGGAGGCGCAUGGAAGCGCAUCGGAUUACUAUCAAUAAGAAUCUCAUCGACUGGGCGAAGGCUCCAGUUGAAGCUUUGGAACAGCUCAACAUGAACCCAGACACUGAGCAAACUCGACAACAUUGCCCCUUCUUAAGAAAUUCGAAAUUCUACGCUGAUCCGCAGAAGCCUUUGGGGAACGGCGAAUCUAUUAGCGCUCUGUGGAAAGAUCCUUAUGUACUCCAUGCUCGGACAGAACCAACCGGGGUCCAUGAGACUCGCAUUGUAAUGGACCACUUCGUGCAAUAUCGUGUUUUCGAUAUCGUUGAUCUAAACUCCGUCAAAAGAAAGUGGGCACACUACUUCGAGGACAUCACAUGGAUCAUCUUCGCAGUGGACCUGGCAUGCUAUGAUCAGCCUUUACUGGAGCACUCUUCGCAGAGCGAGAUGAUGGAGGUCUUGACAUAUUUCGACUCCAUCGUGAACUCCCGGUUCAAUGGCACCUAUAUCCAUCUAUUUCUCAACAACUAUGACAAACUGGAGGAGAAGCUGGGGAGAAUUCCACUUUCAAACUACUUUCCAGAUUACAGCGGCGGAAACGACGUAAGGAAAGCUGCAGAAUACAUCCUCUCGCGCUUCAACCAAGUCAAUCACGCCCAUCGCUACGUAAUCCCUUUUUUCACCCGACCCACGGACGCCAAGAUACGGUUUGCCGUCGCGGCUGUGAGGGACGCAAUGAGAUGUGUUAUCCCACGCCCAAUGGGUUUCGUUAACCCAACAGGUCUAAGAUGA